AUGACCGGUACUACCCCUGCCGUGCCAACUGUCUACGACACGCACUGUGACGGACCGGGCCUGCUGCCCGUCACACGCCCAUGGUCCGAGACGUACUGCAAGCUGCGCAAGUACACCGGAGACUCCUAUGCCGAGCUCGCGUUCCCGGACCCCACGCACGAAGACUACGAUUGCACGGGCAAGACCGUCAUCAUCUCUGGGUCGAACUCGGGGAUCGGCAAGCACGCUGCGAUCUUCUUCGCUCAAGCCGGGGCCAACGUCAUCAUGGCGUGUCGCAUGACGGCUACGCACGAGCAGCAUCCGGAAGAGGCCCGGAAGGAGGUGAUUGCAACUGCAGGGGUGGAGGAUAGCAAGGUCGAGCUGUGGGAGAUUGACUGUUCCUCGUUGGCCAACGUCGAAAGGUUUGGCAAGCGGUGGGUCGAGUCUGGAAGGACGUUGGACAUCCUGGUCAACAACGCUGGUUUGUCUGCGGGUCAGAGGAAGAUCACAGAGGAAGGUUUCGAGCUGACGCAUGUGAUCAACUUCCUCUCGCACACCCUACUGACGUUCUACCUUCUGCCGAGCAUGAAGCGCAGCAGUGCGCCACGUAUCAUCAACACCUGCUCGUGCUUCCACGCCGGCGGAAAGCUCGAUUUCGCCAACAUGGACAACGAAAAGAAAACCCCACUCGGCCCCGGCUGUGUCCAGGCGUACUGCGACACAAAGCUGUGGUUCCUCAUGUGGUCCGUCGAGCUCCAGGAUCGCCUUUCGCGAUCGGACGACUACCGCCACGUCAUCGUACACGGGAUUCACCCGGGCUUCGUCGGCAGUAACAUCUGGAGCAACCCAGACACCAAAGUUUUCUACCCCGUCCGCGUCGUCCUGCACGCUCUCAUCUACCGGCUCUCCAUCACUUCGAAGCAGGGCAGCUACGCUAUCAUCCACGCUGCUCUCGAUCCGAGUCUGGGUCUGCCUGUGGCUCUGACCAAAGGUGGCAAGAAGCCGCAGGUCGGCGAAAGCGCAAAGUUCGGCGGCAAGUUUGUGAAUCGUAACUUUGCCGACAUUCGAAGACCCGAGGUCGACGAUCCGCUAGCUAGAUCGAGACUCUGGCAGCGCGUCUUGGAGGAUGUUCAGGUGGCAAAGCGCGGCAUGGCCCGUGACCUACCUGACCAUCUCGAAAGCAUCAAACUGCUCGGUCGUGCCACAAAGUAA